CCCGCCCCAACCCAUGCUAGUUUCCAGAGAGCCGUUUCAAAAAGAAAAUCUCUCUCUCUCUCUCUCUCCCGAGUCUCCAACCAAACCCCGCGGCACUCUUUCCCGAGAAAGUCUUUUACUGGGAAUCAAACAAGCUGAUCAAGUGAAAAUGUUUAAGAACACGUUCCAGUCUGGAUUUUUGUCCAUUCUAUACAGCCUUGGGAGCAAACCUUUACAGAUAUGGGACAAAGAAGUUGUCAAUGGCCAUGUAAAGCGACUGCAGGAUGAAGACAUACAAUCCAAUGUCCUCGAAAUAGUUGGAUCAAAUAUACAAUCCACAUACAUCACAUGCCCAGCUGACCCAUCUGCAACACUUGGUAUAAAACUACCAUUUUUGGUCGUGAUUGUGAAGAAUCUAAAGAAAUAUUUUACAUUUGAGAUUCAAGUUUUGGAUGAUAAGAAUGUCAGGCGGCGUUUCCGAGCUUCUAAUUUUCAAGCUGUCACUCGAGUGAAACCAUAUAUCUGCACCAUGCCACUGAGGAUGGACGAGGGCUGGAAUCAAAUUCAGUUGAAUCUGGCUGAUUUUACAAGGAGAGCCUAUGGGACCAACUAUGUUGAGACUUUGCGUGUUCAGGUUCAUGCAAACUGCCGCCUGAGGAGGAUAUAUUUCUCUGACCGCCUAUACUCGGAGGAAGAGCUCCCACCAGAGUUUAAGUUGUAUCUGCCCAUGCAGAAAGCAUGACAAAUUUCACGACAGGAGAGGCUCCACAAGCAGUUAUAUCCGAAAGAGUUGGAUUUUGAGAUCUAUAUUGUGUACUAUUUUUACUGCCAAUUAAUCUCCUCUUAUCUAUCUUUCUAAGAUGAUCCACAGAUGCAGCUUACUUGCCGUAUCUGAAUAUAGGAGCAUGAGUUGGAUUGAUCAUGUGCAUGCUAUACGUUUGGAAUUUUAAUUCUGAAUUCCCUUGCUUAUCUUUGUUAA